AUGACAUCCCCUUUUAAACUACUAAAGUCUACUCACCUAGGUGUUGUACUUACAUUUGAUGUUUAUGGCUCUAAGCUUCCUCCAGAUGCUACACCCGAACAGCGUGUCAUAGCUACUGUCGGGUAUCUGGGCGCAUCUUAUGAUGUUCCAUCACUUGUGGACAAGCUUCUUCACCAACUUUCCAGCAAGCAAACCAUUGUUGUUAAUGUUUAUGACACAACUAAUGCAUCUGCACAUAUUACAAUGUAUGGUACUGAUGUUGUUGAUACUAGCCUAUUACACGUAAGCGGUCUAGAUUUUGGGGAUCCGCUACGAAAGCAUGAGUUGCACUGCAAGUUCAAGCAAAUGGCUCCAUUUCCUUGGACUGCAUUCAAUGCAUCCGUGGGAGUUUUUGUUAUACCUUGCUUCUUGGGCAUAUAUUUCAUGCAGCAAUAA